AUGGCGCAUGUAUGCUAUUAUUAUCUCGAGUCCCUUGCUCGCUUCUUUGUUGCCAUGUCCUUCCUCGACACUUGGCAGUACUUCCUUCACCGCCUGUUCCACAACGUCCCAUAUCUCUAUAAAAAUUUCCAUUCGCGCCACCAUCGCCUCUAUGUGACCUACUCAUUUGGCGCUCUUUAUAACCACCCUUUUGAAGGUUUCUUGAUGGACAGUGUCGGUGCCAGCUUAGCCUUCUUGAUUUCUGGAAUGGGCAAUCGUGGUGCCCUCGCCUUCUUCUCUUUCUCGACUCUCAAGACUGUUGAUGACCACUGCGGUUACAACCUACCCUUCAACCCCCUCCAGCGCUUCUUUUGGAACAACGCUGACUAUCAUGAUAUUCACCAUCAAAAUUUUGGUAUCAAGAGCAACUUCUCUCAGCCUUUUGGCACUAUUUGGGAUCACCUUCUGGGUACACAUAUGUCGCGUGAAGAGGCUAACAAGAUCAUCAAGAUGAAGGAAGAACGUAAGGCAGCUCGUCUUACUGCCCUUAAUUACAAUUCGACCUCUUUUGAUGAACCGACUCCUGUGGCUGCUGGGCCCUCACCUAGUGUCAAAACAUUCAACAAGGAUGAGGAUGUCCAUAGUAGUGGUAACAACAGUGGGAACGACAGUCACGAAGAGACAAAGGGCGACAAGAGAGCCACGGUAAGACGGCUCUCUGUUGGAGCUGCUUCGCCCAAUGGGUCUAGUGCAGUUGAAGUUCACGGCUAUCGCGAGCUUCUUUCGACUCGUGUGCGUUUUGACAAUGGAUUUGUCUCUGGCAAAGGGCAGGGCAAGGCUCUUUGA